GUAAAAAUAAUUAUAUUUUUACUGAUUAAAUAUUGUUUGGAAGUAAUGUAAACUUGAAUUAUUCACUGCUUGGGUUGUGUUUUAUACAAAUUUAAUUAUUACAGUCCUUGAAGUCUCUCGUUGGGUUACCUGGCAUAUUGUUUUGUUUUCAGUGGAUACAAGAUGGCAGUCAUUUGUUAGAUUAUCUUUCAGUUUGAAAGUAGGUUUGCUCUAGUUCUUUGAGCGACUUAUAAAUAUUGAUCAGAACUCUACGGUCUAAUAUUAUACCACACGAUGAGUGGAACAGGAAGUCGAGAGAAUGAACUUCGAUCUCCCAGUCGGACUUCUAUCAAUGUAAAAAUACCAUCAGAAAUUGUUCCAGGUCAGGUCGGACCGAGGAGUCAAGGAACCCAUACGCCAGAGAGCAGAAUAUCGGUACCACAGUCUGUUGACUUUCCAGGCUCAGAAUGUGGCACUCAUGGACCGAGAACGUCAUACAUAUCAAAGAACACUUUGUCUGAGGCGGAAUCUCACAGUUUGCAUCAUGGAACAAUAAACGAAAAAGAACUCGUUCACCAAACAGCUGCCUUGAUGAUUGAAAAAGCUUGGAUUGGAUAUAGAGACAAGCAAAUGUUCAGGCUGCUUAAGCAUUCAGUUUGUGCUGCUGAAAAUUCCUUGUCAUAUGAAAUAUUAAGAAAGGUGUCCCCAAAAGAGGCUGAGUUUCUCAGCGAUAAAAGCCAACAAGUCCGAGUACGAUUCAGAUUUGGGGGUGCAGAGUUUCCUCCAAUGAUAUUUUUCAAAAUAUUCAUCAACUCAAAUGGCCAGAAGGUGAAAUACAUGAGUGGGAGAAAGACCAUAAAGCCUGCAACUGAGGCUGCCGAAGACUCGCUACGACAAAUGGGCAACAGAAUAUUUUAUGAUCAGAUACUUCAAGACACCAUCAGACAGCGGCAAUGCCCAGUCACUGACGAAAUAGACGUGACAACUCUAAAAGACUAUAUGCAGUAUUUAUCCAAUCUGGAUGAAAGCCCGGCUUAUCAAGGAGGAAAAGAGAACUACUGGAGGAAACUCACAUUGGAUGUGCUACCUCGGCACACAAUCUUCUUCGAUGUCGUGGAUUUUGCCUACAACAACAGACUGACGCCUCGUCUGAAGGAAGAAAUUCCUAUCCUGUUGUCCAGACCGGUGACCCAGGAAGUGCAAGUCCGACACAUCAAAGCUAUUUCAAAAAUGAGAACCCCGGUGUACCCAUUUGGUCCGUUCCCAACGCCAUCCAAGUCCAAGUUGUCCGGAGCAGUGAGCCACAGUCAGAUGUCGAGCCGGAGGUCCAAACAGGCCAAGCAGAGAGCCCUCAAGAUGCGCAAGGUUUACAGUCGGGAACUGGGAGAUGAGGAAAAGGGAGAGUUCAUGUCGGAGGCGGGGGACAUGGAGGACUACUUCGCCAAGCUCGGCGGUGACGAGACGGAGAUGUUUGAGGAGGAGGAAGUUGGGGAGAUGGGCGACGAGGACUGGGACAAAGAAGCCAACAAACUGUACGAGUGGACGCAGGAGCUCUCCUUCAACGAUGACAUCAUGCAGACUCCGUUGAUGGGUGUAUGAAAGUUAGCCACCUCUCAUUGUUGCUGUACAGUGUUAAAAUUAAUUCGCCAACAAGCCGUUCAAUUGUCCUUAGUCCAGAGAGGGAAAGUUUUCAUUGUUCAUUGUUUCAUUGUUUCGGGAAGCAACAUCCCUGCACUCCGGACAUGUCCAUUGAUGCUCCGUUGCUCUCUCCAAAAUUUCUGGAGAGAGGAAAAACUUUUAUCCUUGUAACAAAUGUACUUUUACUUUAUAUCUUUUCUUGCCGUUGCUUUUUUUUUUUUUCAACAUUUGUGGAUUUUGAAUUUUGACAAAAUAUUUUUUAAACUCCUGCAACCAACACCAUUGAUUAAGAAACUUCAAUUUUUGGCUUACCACAUUUGAAGAGCUGGACAGGGAAAUGUUUAGUCUGUUCCUUUUAGACUGACAGAAUGUGGCGAAUACUGUGCCUACUCCUUGCUGUCUAUUCAUACUGAUGUCCACUUCCCUUGGAAAAAAAAGGAAAGAAAAAACAGGCCUAUACGUUUCAAUUAUUGUUUUUGUGUCUUUGUAUUUCAUUUAGUAAGUAUUCAUACAUUCUGUACAAAGAAGACAACAAAUGAACAAACACCACAAAUAUGUGCGGAUGUGUUUUUUUUACCUCCUGAGUCCUGGUGUCCUGAACAUUACAGAACUCGUGCGCCUGAACUGAGCUCCCUAGAGUUGACUGCUACGAGGUCUGUCUCUGAAUAAAGUUUCCCUGUCAUGCUGUCCUCACAUAUAACUAUAAAUCACCUUGUAUUUGGUAUCAACAGAAAGCUUAUUUAAAUACAUAUUCAACGAAGGAACCAUCAAAUUCAAGACAUUUCUCCUUUUGAUGUACCCAGCGGUCAAAGACAGUUGUCAGUGAUUGUUUUUCCAAGUCCCAGAUCGGACAAAUAGGGCGGGUGUUCCAAUAAUUCCCAUGAGAAGCCCUUAAGAAGCUCGUUCACAACUCUGGACUUGUGAACAGGCGCGUUGCCGUGAUGCAGGAUGACGCCUUCUUCAAGCAAAGCGGAUCUUUUUUUUCUGGAUCGCAGGUCUCAGCUUGUCUUUGAGGACGAACCUGUAGUAGUCUCCAUUGACAGUUACGCCAGGUGUGACUAGCCAGCUCAGUAUGAUGCCACUCAUGUCGAAAAAAACAAACAAUGUGCAUCACCUUUCACUCCCUGUGUUUUUUGUGUGCGCUUCGUCUUUCAUGUCAGAUCUCCCACCUUCAACCUCCCUGAUCCAUUUCCUUAUUUGUUGAAUUGAUGCCCACCAGCAUACUACAUAGCAACAGCAGUUGGAGAUCAUGUCACCCUUAUGAUAAUUGUCAUUUUUUAAAAUGUUUUGUGUUUUUCACUUGAUGAGUUUAUGAAAAAGUUUAUUACUUUUUUUAUUGCAUGUAUUCGAUGAUUUCAUUUGUAAAUGGUACGUUUAUGUUUGUAAACAUUCCUGUAUAGAAGAAGUUAUGUGCUGAUGUAUUUCAAUUUGGUUACAUUUAUAAAGUACAGAUUCUUUUUUAUGAUUGACCUUCACUGGGAUAAUAAAGCAGAUGCCCCACUUUCUCGUGAGCAACAAAGAACAAA